AUGGCAGACUUCGACGGCGCCAGUCAGAACUUUCUGACAUGGCUUAAGCAAUCUGGAGCCGAAAUCAGUCCAAAGAUCAAAUUGGAGGAUCUAAGAAACAAGGAUGCAGGACGAGGCGUUGUUGCAACCCAAAAUAUCGCCGAACAUGAACUCCUCUUCCGCAUACCCCGCGCCUCCAUCCUCAGUGUCGAAAACAGUAUCCUGGGUACUGAAAUCCCCGCUUCAACUUUUGCGCUUCUCGGCCCCUGGCUAUCCCUCAUCCUCGUCAUGCUCUAUGAGUAUCACAACGACAGCGCCUCGAACUGGGCGCCUUACUUUGCUGUCCUACCCACCGACUUCAACACCCUGAUGUUCUGGUCCGACGACGAGCUCGCCGAGCUCCAAGCUAGCGCCGUGGUGAACAAAAUCGGAAAGGAAGGCGCAGAUGAAGUCUUUACGGAGCAAUUACUCCCCGUGAUAGAAGAGUUUGCGGAGAUAAUAUUUAGUGGGGAUGAGAGAGCCAAGGACAAAGCGAAGGAGAUGCGCAGCCCGCAGAACCUGGAAUUGAUGCACAAAAUGGGUAGUCUGAUCAUGGCUUACGCAUUCGAUGUCGAGCCAGCGACACCAAGCAAGGAAGUGGACGAUGAGGGUUUUGCUGAGGAGGAAGAAGACGCUGCACUACCUAAAGGCAUGGUUCCGCUAGCUGACAUGCUUAAUGCCGAUGCCGAUAGGUGCAAUGCGCGCCUUUUCUACGAGAAAGACUGCCUAGAGAUGAAGGCGCUCAGCCCAAUUACUGCAGGCGACGAGAUUUUCAACGAUUAUGGUUCGCUGCCCCGAAGCGAUUUACUAAGGAGAUACGGCUACGUUACCGACAACUAUGCACAAUACGACGUUGUUGAGAUUCCCGCCGAGCUCGUCACUGAUAUUUUAACCAAGGAGGGUGUCUGGCACGCAGAUAGGUUAGAAUACCUAGACGAACAAGAGGUCAUCGAUACAGGAUACGACAUCGCCGCCAGCACGCCCUUUACGCUCCAAGAAAGUCUCUCUCCCGAACUUGUCGUUUUGGUCGAAAGUAUGCUUCUCCCAGCCGAAGAGUUCGAGCGCCUUGCUAGCAAAAGCAGACUGCCUAAACCAGAGAAGAUCACCAGCCAAGGAGCGGAGUUACUACUACAAAUCAUCCAGGCUCGCAUCGCGCAGUACGCUACAACGCUGGAACAGGACUUGCAGACAUUUGGCGAGGUUCCGUUUGCCGGGACGGCGUCGCCUAAGCAGCGAAGAUUUGCAGUGGCAAAAGCGGUGCGUAUCGGUGAGAAACAGCUCUUGGCGAACACGAAAGAUGCGUUGGCAGAGAAGAUUGCAAGAGAUGGUGGUGCAGCGAUGGCGAAGAGGCAGAGGGUUGUUGACGAAGAAGGAGAUGUGGAGAUGGGCGGUAUGGGGAAGAAGCACAGAGUGUGA